GGGAGGGGGCGCGGCCGCCGCGGGCGGAGCAGGGGCGGAGGGAGCCCGCAGCCCGCCCCCGCCCCGGGAUCUGGCCGCGGAGCCCGCGGCCAGGGCGGCGCAGACCGGCCCAACGACUCUCGGGCAGCGCAGGGACGCGCCGCCGCCGCGCCCGCCCCUGGACCCCUCGGGCUCGACGACACGAGGCCUUCUCAGAGCCUUGAGUCAGCUCAAGCAUGCGGGAGCCAGCUGGAAAAAGCCACUUCUGACCACAGGAUCCCUCUUCCAGGAAGCAACCUUGGGGGCAGAGGCUUCUGAGGAACGUCACUGCUUGCUGGCUGCGAGGCAGGCUGUGUACACAGCCGUCCACAAGACCUUGGCAGGGCGCCUCCAUUCUCCUGACCUCCCCAGGUCUCCACUCCAGGGCAGGGACCACCCUCUUUUAAGGCCCGUCUCCUGCCACCUUUGAUCAACCUCACCAGGACCAGGAGCAGGUCCUCUGGGAGAGAGAACCAAUAGACUCCCUCAGCCUCAGCACUGAGGGCAGAGCCUUAAUAGAGUCAAGGGUUGCCUUUUGCUCCACCAUCUUCAUCAGAGGAAGGGGCUGAGAAGGGUCCUGGAGCCCAGCCUGUCGUCUUCCCUGGCCCCAAGGUGGCAUGGACUAGCAGUUGUGAGCAACCAAAGCUGAUGCCCGGCCCCCAGGGGGGCACAGGAGCCCCCACCAUGAGCCUGGGCAAACUGUCUCCUGUGGGAUGGGUGUCCAGUUCCCAUGGAAAGAGACGCCUGACAGCAGACAUGAUCAGCCCCCCGCUCGGGGACUUCCGCCACACCAUGCAUGUGGGCCGUGGUGGGGACGUCUUCGGUGACACCUCCUUCCUCAGCAACCACGGAGGCCGCUCUGGAAGCACCCACCGCUCACCCCGAAGUUUCCUGGCCAGGAAGCUCCAGCAGGUGCGCAGAGUUGGGGUGCCACCUCGAAGGGUGGCUUCCCCGGCUGCACCGUCCCCCGCUCCACCUCCCAUCUCACCCAUCAUCAAGAAUGCCAUCUCCCUGCCCCAGCUCAACCAGGCCACCUAUGACAGCCUGGUGGUGGGCAAGCUCAGCUUUGACAGCCCUCCGGCUAGCUCCACGGAUGGCCACUCUGGAUAUGGCCUGGAGUCUGGGUUCUGCACCAUCUCUCGCCUGCCACGAGUGGAAAAGCACAACAACCGUGACCGGGACCAUGACCCGGACCGUUCUCAAGACCGAGAGCAAAGUUCUUUCCCCCCUGAGCCUAACCCUAACCCUGAGCUUCGACGCUCUGACUCUCUCUUGUCCUUCCGUUUUGAUCUUGACCUUGGGCCCUCACUCCUCAGUGAGCUGCUAGGGGUCAUGAGCCUUUCCGAAGCCCCAGCAGCUGAAACCCCAGCCCCUGCUGCUGCCAACCCCCCUGUUCCUGAAGCAAACCCUGCCCCUACUCCAAAACCCCCAGCCCAUGCGAUAACCACUCUAGACGCUGUGACAAGCCUUCCAGCCCCUGUGGCAGCUAGCUCCCCAUCCCAUGGACAUUUCCCCAAUGGGGUAACUGCUGUGUUGGGCCCUGUGGCUGAGGUAAAACCCAGUCCUGUGGGAGAGGGUCCCCAGGUACCCUCCAACAUGGCCUUUGACAGGCGCGGAGCCAGCUGGGGGGCCAGCCGAGCCAGCCGCCACUACACUGAAAUGGAUGCUCGGAGGGAGCUGGCAGGGGUGUUACCCCAAGUUCAUGGCUCCUGGGAGAGUCUGAAUGAAGACUGGAGUGUGCCUCCAGCCAGCGGCAGGGCUCCUGUACCCAGCACGGUGCAGGUCAAUGCCUUUGAAUUUGCCGAUGCUGAGGAAGACGAUGAGGUCAAGGUGUGAGGGGCUGGCCGUGGCUUCAGGUUGUGCCAGCCUUGGGGCUCACAGGACAGAGGGGCCGAGUUCAUCUGCCUAACAACUACAUCUGUCCUCAAGACAUUGUCAGCUGCCCAAUGGGAGUUGCUCCAAAUCCUUCCUGGUCUAUGCAAGGCGGGCAUGGGUGAGGGGAGGGUCUCUGCUGACCUGACCCGGCUCCCUCCACUGUCCCUAGACCCACUAGCCCUUCAGUUAUAACCUAUGCCACCUCCUGUGGUCUGACAGUAAUGGCCUUUGUGCCCCAGGAUGCUUCCCUAGUGGGGUGGGGGGUGGGGCAAGGCCCACACAGGGCCAUUGUCUAUGAGUGGGACUGCCUGCCCCUGCUCAUUGAGAGCUGCCGCAGAAGGCCACCACUGUGUUCUCAAUAGCCCGGUUCCAGGCUCCUCCUCCUCAGUUCCCAGAGAAAGGUCAGGUGUGACACGGGAUGGAAUCUUCUGUGUACCCCAGGCCUGCCUCCCAGGCCUGAUUGUAAAAGCCUGUCUAUUAAGCUCCCUCUGCCUCAGCCCCUGUGGAGGUAUGCUUUCUCCUCCUGAGGGUUUGGAAAGUUGAGGACCCCCUUGUACCCUCACCCCCUCCAGCUAGGAGAGGGGGGCCAGACCAGCUAAUGAAUAACCAGCCUGGAAUGUUGAGCGAUAAGAAGCCCAGGUGGGACCCUUAUCUGCAGUUCCUGGAACACCCUGGCCCAGGUGCCAGGAACCAGGAUCUGCCCCAUAAUCCCAUGGGGCAGCUUGGCAGGUGCUCGGAUCACCAGGAGGGAGACAGGUUCCCAUGCACAGGGUGGCUCAGGAGCACCUCCCAUCCUCUCUUCUCAGCAGUGCUACACCCUGUGCCUCAGUUUCCUCCCCUGGACCAAAGCCGGGGAGCAUUAACAUGCAUGGAAAAUGCUAACAGUUCUUGCUGUGGAAAUAAUAAAUGUGGAUUCUUUUAUUUGACCUUGA